CUCUGGUCUUCCUCAAUGAUUCCGUCCAGGUGGUUGACGCCGCUGUUCUUAAAAGGUAAAAAAGGUAAUCUCAAAUUAUCUGACAUCUAUGAUUGCCCCACUGUGGACUCAUCAGAAAAGAUUGGAGAAACGAUGCAAAGAGAAUGGGAAAAGGAACUUCGAAAAUUAAAAGAUGGAAAACAGCCUAGUCUUGUAAAAGCAACAAUUCGAAGUUUCGGAUUAUAUUAUUGCUUGAAUGGAUUUUUCACCCUUAUUGAAGAAUGCUUCAUACACGUCAUGCAGCCAAUCCUAUUAGGAUAUCUAAUUGAACAUUUUGCGAGAAUGAAGGUUGUGACGAAGCAAGACCUGUAUUUCUAUACUGCUUGUGUUUGUCUUUUAGCUGCAAUGUUCGUAUUCACGCAUCAUCGAUAUUUCUUUGGUGCACAGCGUAUUGGUAUGAGAUUGCGAAUAGCAUGCUGCUCUCUAGUAUACAGAAAGGCUCUGAAGCUUAGCCAGGCAGCGCUGAGUAGGACAACGGUUGGACAAAUGGUGAACUUAUUGUCAAAUGAUGUUAACAGAUUUGAUCAGUCUGUCGUAUAUCUUCCUUACCUGGUGGCAGGACCCAUCCAAACUGCGAUAAUCAUUGGUGUACUCUGGUACCACAUCGGCUAUGCUAGUCUAGCUGGAAUAUCUGUCCUUCUAUUAUACAUUCCAUUUCAAGGCUUGAUGGGAAAACUAUUUUCCAAACUCAGACUGAAGACAGCAGUGCUCACCGAUGAAAGGAUUCGAUUAAUGAACGAGAUCAUCAGUGGAAUGCGAGUUAUUAAGAUGUACGGUUGGGAAAUACCCUUCGCCAGUUUAGUAGACUUAAGUCGCAGGAAGGAAGUGAAAAAAAUCCGCCGCACUGCUAUCUUGAGAGGUGUGAACUUGGCUAUGUUUUUCAUAUCAUCCAAAGUGAUCUUGCUGAUAUCAUUCGUGGUCUUCGUUCUAGGAGUUAAAGGUGAUCUAACCCCUGAAAAAGUCUUCGUCUGCAUGUCCCUCUUCAAUAACCUCCGUGUAGCCAUGACGUUGUUUUUUCCAUAUGCCAUCGCUCAAGGUGCCGAAUCUAUAAUCUCCCUAAAGCGAAUACAGAAAUUUCUGCUUUUGGAAGAACAGCAAGAAACAGCACUACUGGAUGUGUCCAAUUUGCGCCCUAAACUCAAUCAAUGUGGAAUAUGGAUGCAGAAAGUCGUUGCUUCAUGGAACAAAGACGGUGAAUCAACACUGAAAAAUGUGACUCUGUCCGUAAAACCUGGUGAACUCCUGGCUGUCGUCGGACCUGUUGGCUGUGGAAAAACUUCUUUAUUGAUGUCUAUAUUGGGAGAACUCCCUAUUGUUUCCGGAGAAGUUAAAGUUCGGGGAAAGGUGGCAUACGCAUCUCAAGAACCGUGGGUAUUCGGAGGUAGCGUCAAACAAAACGUGAUCUUCGGCAGCACUUUUGAUGAGAACAGAUACAAAACUGUUCUGACUGUCUGCGCCUUAGAUAAGGAUAUCGAACAAUUUCCGUACGGAGAUCAGACUGCGGUUGGUGAGAGAGGAGUCAGUUUAAGUGGUGGGCAGAAAGCUCGAGUUAAUCUUGCGAGAGCUAUGUACUUCGAUGCUGAUAUCUUUCUUUUGGAUGACCCUUUGAGUGCAGUUGAUUCAUCAGUAUCCAAACACCUUUUCGAAAAGUGCAUCAAUGGUUAUCUAAAGGACAAAGUGAGGAUUCUGGCUACCCAUCAAAUCCAGUUUCUAAAAGGUGCUUCCCAAAUUCUCGUCUUAAAAGAGGGACGUUGUUUGGCUUUAGGCACUUACGAUCAAUUGACUGAAGCUGGAGUAGAUCUAGGGUCCUUAAUGGAAGAUUACGAACAGGAACGUCGUCAGCGUUUAGCCUCCAUGACCUCGACUGCUAGUAGUAUUUCAAUGGUUGAUGAGCUGACAGAUGGCACCACUCCCAUACCUAUGUACGAAUCCACACUUUCCAUAAGUUCUUCUGUAGGGGAAGACUACGAUGAGAUAGAAGGGGAAAAAAUGAAAGAUAAAGCCCCUAAAGCGACUGAAGAAAUAAAAUCUACUGGAUCCGUGAAAUUCAAAGUAUACAAAGAAUACGUGAAAUCUGGAGCUGGACUCUUUCACCGUCUUCUGCUGUUGAUAUCAUACAUCGCCACUCAAGCACUCUUCAAUGGCAGUGAUUUCUGGCUUACUGCUUGGACAAAUCAAGAACAAAGAAAAUACAAUAUAAAAGAUUGUUGGGCUAAUGCAAAUAAAACUUUUCUCAACGAAACUGGCUACUAUAACGAUACUUAUGGCAUACUGGAUCGGGAUUUGUUCAGGUUAACUAUUGCCAAUGUCAGCGAUGAUUGUUUCGAACUCACCCAAAAUUAUCUUGAAGACCUAAGGGAUGCUACAGAGAAAGUCGAUAUGCACAAGAAUCUGUACGUGUACGCCGGUCUUGUCCUCACCGUAUUUCUGCUUUCACUGGUGAGAACAACUUCUUUUUUUCAGAUGUGUAUGAAAGCGUCUAUUACAUUGCACAACAAAAUGUUCCGAUGCGUUCUCAGAUCGCCGGUUUCAUUCUUCGACAGUAAUCCAGUAGGCAACAUUCUUAAUCGAGCUUCACGAGAUCUGGGCUUGAUCGAUGAUGUGCUUCCUCCCACAGCUUCUGACUUCAUCGAGAUUUUCUGCAAUUUAUUUGGCAUCAUCUGUGUCGUCGCCAUCGUGGAGCCCUGGCUUCUUCUACCAACUUUUAUCAUUAGCACUAUGUUUGUCUUUUUACGGAGGUUUUAUUUGCCCACAGCUAGAGAUGUCAAACGAUAUGAAGGGAUUACUAGAAGUCCUGUAUUUUCUCAUUUGAGCACUUCUUUGUAUGGCUUGACCACAAUCCGAGCGUUCAAAGUGCAGCAGUCGUUCGAGGUGAGUUUCGACCAUUACCAAGAUCGACAUACCGCCACCUGGUUCAUGUUCAUCUCUGUGACCCGUUGGUUUGGUAUCGUCCUGGACUGGUUAUGUGUGCUGUACAUAACUUCUGUCACAGUUUCUAUGGUGCUACUUUCGGAAGAUCCUUCUUAUGCAAGUAAAGCUGGUCUAGCUAUUGCUUCGGCUCUGCAGUUGAGUGGCAGUUUCCAGUGGGGAGUUAGACAGUCUGCGGAAGUUGAAAGUCAAAUGACUUCUGUUGAGAGAGUGAUCGAAUACAGUAAUCUGGACUCAGAAGCUGCUCUAGAGAGCGAGAAAGACAAGAAGCCUCCAAAAGACUGGCCUGGCAAGGGUUACAUUGUUUAUCACAACGUUAAUCUCAGGUAUUCCCCUAACGAGCCACCAGUUCUCAAGAACCUCAACUUCGAAAUCUAUCCGGAAGAAAAGAUUGGUAUCGUCGGCAGGACAGGAGCAGGGAAAAGUUCGAUGAUCGCCACAUUGUUUAGGAUGACGGAACCAGAAGGAGAGGUGAAAAUCGAUGGCAUUUGUACCAAAGAUAUUGGUCUGCACGAUCUACGAAAGAAGAUCUCAAUUAUUCCACAGGAUCCUGUUCUGUUUACUGGUCCUGUGCGGAGAAACCUAGAUCCCUUUGGCGAACACACGGAUGAUGAAUUAUGGCAAGCUUUGGAGGAGGCAUAUUUGAAAGAAGCAAUAGAGGAAAUGCCUGGUGGACUAGAUACAGAAGUUUCCGAAGGUGGUGGUAAUUUUAGCGUUGGACAACGGCAGCUCAUUUGCCUUGCUAGGGCAAUUCUCAGAAGAAAUAGAAUUCUAGUCUUAGAUGAAGCUACAGCGAAUGUAGAUCCUAACACUGAUAGUUUGAUCCAGGAAACUAUUCGAGAUCGUUUUGCUCACUGUACUGUCCUGACCAUAGCCCACCGACUUCACACUAUAAUGGACUCAGACAGAGUUUUAGUUCUGGAUGCAGGUGAAGUGAAAGAGUUUGAUGAGCCAUAUACUCUGCUGCAGAACCGCAACAGCUUGUUCUCGCACAUGGUCCAAAUGACUGGGCCAGGUAUGGCGCAACAGCUCAGAGAAGUUGCUCGUGUUGCCCAUCUGAAGGGCACUGGGAUGAAGAAAGAUACUGGAGGUAGCGUAUUUGGAGGUCCUGGUGGUGAUGAUAUUGUAGAAAUGAAUGGUACAGCCCCUGCAAUAAGACGAGUUGCCAAUGGGGUUGGAUUAAAUGUGCCCGAAGUGCAAAGUAGUGAUGUAUAUGAAAAUACAGAGAUGACAUACUUAUAGCAUCACGUUGAGUCAUUCCAUGUGGAACUUGUAAAUAAAUACAUUUUAUCAUACCGGUUAAUGAAUUACGCAGAAGAAACUUUUUAUUUUUUUGCAUUAGAAUAGUGCUUUGUUUUAUGGAAAGUGGUUAAAUAAAAUUAUUUUUGUUAAAA